GGAACAGACCACCUCCGCCCCCACGAACCAAGAGGAGACCAUGGCGGCGGCCGGCGGCGCGGGCGGCGAGGAUGCCAGCGGGGCGGAGUUCUACCUGCGGUACUACGUGGGGCACAAGGGCAAGUUCGGGCACGAGUUCCUGGAGUUCGAGUUCCGCCCCGACGGCAAGCUCCGGUACGCCAACAACUCCAACUACAAGAACGACACCAUGAUCCGCAAGGAGGUCUUCGUCUCCCCCUCUGUGCUCCGCGAGGCCAGGAGGGUCAUCCAGGACUCCGAGAUAAUGAAGGAGGACGACAGCAACUGGCCGGAGCCCGACCGCGUCGGCAGGCAGGAGCUCGAGAUUGUCAUGGGCAACGAGCACAUCUCCUUCACCACCUCCAAGAUCGGCUCCCUCGUGGACGUCCAGACCAGCAACGACCCGGAGGGCCUCCGCAUCUUCUACUACCUCGUCCAGGACCUGAAGUGUUUCGUGUUUUCACUUAUCAACCUCCACUUUAAGAUCAAGCCUAUUCAACUUUGAGCUCCUUUUGGUCUCCCAGUUGUGUUAUGGUAUUGGAAGUGUUAGAGAAUUCUGUAUUUUAUGUAAUAUGAAGUGAGUUGCUCGUGAUGUAGGGAUGUGCGUGGAACACUGGUUGAUAUAUUUUGGUAUCGCCUGAGGUUGUUGGAUUGUGCAAACUUUGAGUGCCCAUUGAUAUUUAUGCAUGCUUCUUUUCCAUUA